UCGUAUUUCACAAACAAAAGAUUCUUAAUCCUAAUGAAAGAGCAAUCGAAACUAAAAAAACUAGAAAAAAACAUGCGCAGGGAAUAAAUACAAAAACUUUGACAGGAGUUUAUUUGCGAUCUUAAUGGGACAUGAUGCGGAAUGUCAACCUGGUUCUCUUUGUUGUGGCUUUCAACUUGUUUCUUUGUAGAUGCGCUUCAGAUAGAAUUUGUCGUUCAUCUGUUUACGUGUCGAAGUUUAAAGGAACAAGCCGGCCUUUAAAGUGCGGUUCUUCUGAACUACCUUGUAAAACACUAGCUAAUGGCUUCGCGCGGUUGUGCUGGAACGGUACUGUGUACAUCGAUGGCAAAGGAACGCGCCGAAACCCCUAUUCUUGCUCUGGCAAAUCUGAGAAACUCACAAUAUCGAAAUCCUUCUGGGCAGAGAGCUACAACGAGAAGACUGCUUUUAUAUCAUGCCAUGGUGGAAUAACUUUCCAAACUCUUGAUAACACGUACACAAACAUCACCAUGUCAGGACUGACGUUUAUAAGCACAACCAUUGUUAUAGAUGACACGACCGCUGUAUUCAAUAACUGCGUUUUCAUUGGAUCAUCGCCAGCCUUGGAUGUAAAGGUUUCUAAACUAUUUUCCAAAACGAUUUCAAUAUAUACACUUAAUGUCAGUAAUUCUAUUUUUAAAGAAAACUGGGGUUGCAUACAUAUGAACAGUCAAAAUGCCAAAUGCAAUACCGUAGUUUUGAAUAUUCACAAUGUUACGUUGCGAGAAAACGCCAUCUUGAAAUGUGGGUUAGUUGACAUACUAGGAUCAAAGACGCCAAGAUGUAAGUCUCUUUCUGUGAUGACGACAUGGGACAAUGUCAUAGUACAAAACAACAUGAAAGGAAGUCCAACUGAAUGCAAAAAAAGCAAGACCUAUCCUAUUCAUGACAGCAUCUUCACGGCUAAUGGACGCACAAUUCAACUCAAUUUCAUGCGAGUGAUUAGUAAAAAUAACUCUGAUUUAAGAUUUCUAGGAGUCAAUUCACGAAGAAGCAGUAUAAAUGUGUGCAACUCUAGUUACCAUGGACACCAUAUGACGGGAAAAGGAGGUGUCAUGUACAUAACCGCUCUACAAACAAAAACGUCUGCCAUCAAUGUUACUGUAAUCGAUUCAAACUUUUCUAAUAAUGUCGCUCCAAAAGGGGCUGCGAUUCAUGUCCAGCAGAAGACUGGUAAUAGUUUGAGCUUAAAACUAUCUGGUGUUAGCUUUGUGAAUUCGUUUGGCUACGAUAAGGGUUGUGUCAUUUCUCUCAAAGGUGACAAUAGUCUUCAGGCCACAAUAGAGAGAUCAAAACUGAUAAACUGCAGUUACCCUUGCAAAGGAACAAACUGUUCCAAAAAGAGGCACGUUGGAAUCUGUCUCUAUUCGAAAAUGGAUAUUUGUGUUGAAAUAAAGAAAUCUCUUUUUAUUAACAACGUUGAUGGGUCUACGGUUUUCAUUAAAAACAAGAUCUAUCCGACGGAAACGGAGAAAGGGAUUCUUCAUAUAUCUGUAAUUAACUCGACAUUUCAGAGAAACACUGCUGAUCAAUUAUCUCAAGGCGCAGCCCUUUCGGUAAACAACUCCUAUCAUGCGAUGAAAAAAGCCGUCGUGAACAUCAUUAACUCAAGUUUCAAUCUCAAUAAAGGUGGAAUGUUAUUAUCAAACGUUGAAACGAUCAAUAUCAAGAACACAACAUGCAAAAACAACAUGCACUUCUGCAUCAAAGCUGUGUUUGAUGCUGUCAACAGAAAGCGUGGGGUCUCUCUAAACACUUCAAUUUUUAUUGAAAACUCCAUUUUUACUAGAAAUGAAAUGCCAAUAUAUAUCUUCAACAAGUACCCUGAAGUCGUCAAUAUCCUAUUAAAAGAUCUUUUAUUCUACAAGAAUGAUUUUGACGAAGUCAUCGCAAUCACUCUUGAAUCAUCGACGAAAAGUGGAUUGCUUACUUCAGGCAGUAUUAAAUUAGAUGGCGUUUGUUUUAUUUCUAAUUCACUUAAGAAUUCUGGUGGAUAUCUUCUAGGAAUCCAUUCUUCUCAUAAAGGAAACAUUACUGUGAAGAUCAUUCGUUCUGUUUUCAAACACAAUUAUCAAAAACCUGGAAUAAGCCGUUCUAUUUUUAGUUUGUUGUACUUCUACUUGCCAGAAGAUCCUAAGAACAGUCAAGCUUGCACUCUGUUCCCUGUGUAUCAAUACAACAAUGUGAUUUUCUUUGAAGAUGUUACUUUUGAGAACAACACUGGCUCACUAUCAAUGGUGUACUUAUCUAGUGGAAAGACUCUCUUUAGGAGAUGUCGCUUUAGAAACAAUUUUUCCAGACAUCCCAUGAUAGGUGCCCACAUCUACGUGGAAGACCAAGGAACUGCAUCAUUGAGGAUUGAAAAUUCAUCGUUCCUUCAGUACCAUCGAAUACUCGAACGUACCACACACGAAGAAAGACUCAUGCAAUUUGUAUACGCAGGGGCAAAUGGCCCAUUAGAACUCAUCAAUUCAAGUUUUGAAUCUAACGCUUUAACGAGAAUUAAAAGCCCACUUUUUACAAUCCAGUAUGGUGGAUAUGUUUGGUUUGACAAGAACACCAAUUUGUUUUGCCCAUAUGGCAGUUCGAUGAUAUUCGAGAACUUGUCACGUGUUCUGCAACCUAACCUUACAAGGGAUCACUGCAAUUGUAAUAUCACACGUUUUAAGUUUACUUGUGCUAUGUGCUCAGAAGGCACGUAUAGUCUCCAAAGAGGUUCGUUCCAUGGUUCUUCCUUAAAGCAAACCCGCACAACUUGCCUCCCGUGUCCAUUUGGAGCCAACUGUACUUGGAAAAUCAAAACCACUGCUAACUUCUGGGGCUACUUGGUUUCACGUCGACGCAGUGAGCUUAACUUCACAAGAUGUCCUCACAAAUACUGCGAAGUACCCAAACAGUUGUCAUCGUAUAACGGUUGUUAUGGUAAUCGAACAGGUACCAUGUGUGGCGCAUGCCGGGAAGGUUUCACGGAAAGUAUGUUCAACCGGAAUUGCCGUGCGAUAAAAGAGUGUAAUGAUGGAUGGUUUUGGAUGGUCAUUGGACUCUAUUCAGCAAUUAUGGCAAUUUACUUCAUUUUUAGACCAAAGAUAAGCCAAAUUGUGAUUCAAAAGAUAUUCUGGUUUAAAAAAUCCCCAAUGGUUCCGCCAAACAGUAGGAUCGGCGGAAGUCACACCAGGCAAAAACAUGGAUGCGGAUUUUCUAAGAUUUUAUUUUAUUUUUAUCAAGUGGCGGAGCUUUUAAUGAUCAGGUCUCAUGAUGACAUCCUACAUAGAAGUCUAUUUCUUGCUCCUGUGAUAUCAUUUUUCAACUUUGAGAUUGAACAAAUCGACAACUCAUCGGGAUGCCCUUUUCCAGGACUGAAUGCUGUCACAAAAGAACUAUUUCGAUCUCUUCAGGUUUUCGCAGCGAUGGCGACCGUGUGCGUCAUCUAUCUAAUGUAUUGGUUGAUAAGUCUGCUGACAAGAAGAAUAAGACCUUAUUCUGCACCGUAUAUUGCUGCUAUUGUUGAGAUACUUCUAUUGGGAUAUGAAAGACUCGGACACACCUCUUUGGAACUCUUGAAUUGUACACCGUUGACCAUAGAUGACCGCGUUCAAUGGCGUCUGUUUGUGGAUGGUAACAUCACAUGUUGGGUGCAUUGGUGGCAGUACGCUUUAGUCGCCUACAACAUCAUCUUUGUUGUUCCAUUUCUUGUCGUACUGUGGAUAGGUACAUCUAAGCUAAGGCGUCAAGAGAUAAGUUCCUUGCAGUUCGUUGCAGCCUGUUUUGCUCCUCUCCCAUUCCUAAUGUACUGGUUGGUCAAACGCUGUUUUAAAAAGCGUAACCAAAGUUCAGUGGGGUUCGGAUAUGCAAACUACCGUGAUCAAGCAACAUCAGAAGCUUUACUGGAUGUCAUCGAAGGUCCGUUCCGACCACCAAACGGGGAUUCACAUGGUGCAUUGUACUGGGACAGCAUCUUAAUCGGCCGUCGGCUGGUAUUUCUAUGUCUCUUCUCAUUUGUGGACUCACCAUUGCUUCGUUUGUUCUUCAUGACCAUCAUGUGCAUUGUUAUACUCAUGCAUAAUGUCCAGGUCAUGCCUUAUAAGGAGAAAAUGGCAAACAUCCUGGCUUUGGUAUUGUUGUUUAUACAUGUUUUCAUAGCAAUAAAUAACUUAUGUCAAGCUGUUUUUGUCACGGAUGGAGUGCUUCCUAAGAAACCCACCAAGAAAAUGAUUGACGCUCUAAUGAUGAUGAACGUUGUUUUUCUCGCUGGUCCACCAGUUGGAUUUGCAAUACUAGUUGCAAUUGCUGUAAUCUCUCAAGUAAUGCAAGUGAUAUUCCUAUUGCUAACGGCAAUACGUGCAUGUAUUUGCCCGACCAAGUCAAGAAGAGAAGAACCACUAGAAUUUAUAGACGAAAGAGAAAGCCACCGAGAACCUUUGCUAGUUGUAGGAGACGAGGACUACUUGGUACAAAACAACUGAAUCAUAGAUAUUUCCUGAAAAAUCUUUGUAGUUGUAUAUUUUCUGCUUAUCUCUGGUUUACGAGCAUGUGUGAAUGCAAUGAUUGACUAUUAUAGUUCACUCGCCAUAGAGACUCCACAAAGGACUUUAACAAGCAAUUCAUUUUGUUCAAAAUCUAUAGUUAGAGAUUAUAAAUACUCGAAGAAAAACAAAAUCGAUAAUAUCUACAAGGAUAAUAGCUUUAGAUUAGUAUGGUUUUCCCGCACGGACUCCAAUAAUAGAAAAUUAUAUAAAAAAUGGAAUUCAAGUUUACUAACAAAUAAUAAAAUAAAGCAUUUGAGGAUUUCAUCGAGCACUAAAAAUCUUUGGCCGAAAUUUAUGGUACUCCACCAUUAUUAAUUUCAUUAUGACGUCACAGCAUGUUUAAUUAGAAAACGAUGCUCAAAAGCAGUGGAAAUUUGGACGCAUUAAUAUUGUCUUCUAAAGUAGAAAUUCAAUGAGUCGUAUUUUGAUUUAUAUAUAUCAUGUAUGAAUGAUUGCUCGUGUACUGAAUUUUGUUUAACGAACUAUGAUAACUGAUAAUAAAUAACUUUUUAAGUCUC